GUGCGCACUCUGCUUUCUGUUUCGGUAGAUGUCAAGCAGUCGUUGCGCCGUACGCGACUCUGUCUGAUCUGAAACUCGGACCUGCAGCUGCCGUUGCCGUGCCGUGCCGUUCGUGUUCCCUGUGGGCGUUGCUGUGCUGCCACCGGCGGCGUUGCUCAACUUCUGGAAGUAUGAGGAUUUGUUGUGAGAGCUGAGUAGGAAUGCGCGGAUUUGGUGGAUUUUCUUCUUGUUUUUCUCCUCGGAUCAGUGUCGUGACAUUGGCCAACUUCGGUGUUAUCUGGUGUUUGCAUAAGCGUGCAUAGAUAGCAGACAUGCAGCAUGAUGUGUAAUUGCUUCCAAGGCUUUGACACAGUGUUUACCUGCGUUGGAUCGGAGCGAGGUUGCACGUCGUGCCUGUGCAAAGGCUCCAUGGGAAACCGCCGUGCGUAACGCUGGCUCUCCAUGGAGGACUGCUGGAGGAGCCUCUUACUAAACCCGAUAGUUUAAGACAGUAAGAGACGCUUGAAACAAGAUGAGUCAAGAGCAUGAUGGAAUAUCCUUACCGGUGCCUUGCUUUGGGGCUUGUCCCGGCAAAGACAGCCUCGCUGUGGAGAGCACCAGCAGCAGCGGUGGAGGCGGAGGAGGCAACCCCGGUAUCCCCGCAGCUGGAACUUUCUGGCAGGACUCGGUGGUCUCCGGAGGAGGAGGGCUGAGUCCUACAACCGGAGGGUGUCCGAUGGAUAGCGGGGGGCUGCUCUCCACCGGGAAGUCAAGCAAAAACAGGCCGGUGACAGUGGCCUAUGUGGUGAAUGGAGAGGCGAGCCAGCAGUGUAACGCGGAGAGCAUGGCGCUGCAGUGUUUAAAGGACGCCUGUGAUACAGUGGGGAGCAAACUGGAGACGGUCAACUUUGGGAAACUGGACUUUGGAGAGACUUCAGUGCUGGACCGGUUCUACAAUGCAGACAUCGCCGUUGUGGAGAUGACAGAUGCUUUCCGCCAGCCUUCGCUCUUUUAUCACUUGGGAGUCAGAGAAAGCUUCAGCAUGGCCAACAACAUCAUCCUGUACUGCGACACCAACUCCGACUCCCUCCAGUCCCUGCAGGAGAUAAUUUGCCAGAAGAACACUACAUGUUCAGCAAACUACACCUUCAUCCCAUACAUGGUGACGCCUCAUCACAAGGUGUACUGCUGUGAGAGCAGCCUGAUGAAGGGUCUCACUGAGCUGAUGCAGCCCAGCUUUGAGAUGCUGCUGGGACCGAUUUGCAUGCCGCUGCUCGACCGCUUUGUCCAGCUGCUUAAAGUGUCACAGGCAAACUCCCACCAGUAUUUCCGAGAGACAAUCCUGAAUGAGAUCCGUAAAGCUCGGGAGCUGUACACCGGCAUGGAGCUGGCGGCAGAGCUGAGCCGGAUCCAGCAGCGGCUCGACAACGUGGAGUGCCUUUCAGUCGACAUCGUCAUCAACCUGCUGCUGACUUACAGGGACAUCCAGGAUUAUGAGUCCAUCGUGAAGCUGGUGGAGACUUUGAAGAAGCUUCCUACCUUUGACCCUGUGGCACAUCCACAUGUGAAGUUCCACUACGCCUUUGCACUGAAUCGGAGGAAUCUGCCGGGCGACAGACAGAAGGCUUUGGACAUCAUGCUGCCACUAGUGGAGGGCGAGGAGCAGGUGGCCUCGGACAUCUACUGCCUGGUGGGACGGAUCUACAAGGACAUGUUCCUGGAGUCUCACUUCACGGACACUGCGAGCAGAGACAGCGGCACACACUGGUUUAAAAAGGGCUUUGAGUCAGAGCCGACACUACACUCUGGGAUCAACUACGCCGUUCUGCUGCUGGCUGCUGGACACCAGUUUGACACAUCCUUUGAGCUUCGCAAAGUGGGGGUGAAGCUAAGCAGUCUGUUGGGAAAGAAAGGAAGCCUGGACAAGCUCCAGAGCUACUGGGAUGUGGGCUUCUUCCUGGGCGCCAGCAUCCUGGCCUGUGACAACACAAGGGUCAUCCAGGCCUCCGAGAAACUCUUCAAACUUAAGGCCCCCAUCUGGUAUCUUCGCUCACUGGUAGAGACCAUUUUAAUCUACCAGCAGUUUAAAAAAACAGGCCCGGAGCAGCCUGCCCCCAAACAGGAGCUGGUGGACUUCUGGAUGGACUUUCUAGUGGAGGCAACCAAAAAAGACGUCUCCUCUGUCCGAUUCCCUGUGUUGAUAUUGGAGCCCACCAAAGUGUACCAGCCUUCAUAUUUGUCCAUAAACAAAGAUGUUGAUGACAACACGGUGUCGAUCUGGCAUGUUGCUCCUGAUGACAAGCACAAGGGGAUUCACGAGUGGAACUUCAGUGCCACAUCAGUGCGAGGCGUCAGCAUCUCCAAGUUUGAUGAGCGAAGUGCCUUCCUCUACGUCCUUCAUAAUGCUGAGGACUUCCAGAUUUAUUUCUGCACAGAGAUGCACUGUAAAAGGUUUUGUGAUCUGGUCAACAGCAUCACAGAAGAAGCCUGGAAAGGUCCAGAGGAGGGAGACUGUGACACCGACGCCUUAGAGUAUGACUAUGAGUACGACGAGCACGGAGAGAGGGUGAUUUUGGGAAAAGGCACAUUUGGAGUCGUGUACGCAGGCCGAGACCUCAGCAACCAGGUCCGACUGGCCAUCAAAGAGAUACCAGAGAGAGACAGCAGGUAUUCUCAGCCGCUGCACGAGGAGAUCGCUCUUCAUAAGCACUUAAAGCACAAGAACAUCGUCCAGUACCUCGGAUCCAUCAGCGAGAACGGAUUCAUUAAGAUCUUCAUGGAGCAGGUGCCUGGAGGGAGUCUGUCUGCACUGCUGAGGUCAAAGUGGGGUCCUCUAAAAAACAACGAGCCCACCAUCGGCUUCUACACCCGACAGAUCCUGGAGGGACUCAAAUACCUGCACGACAACCAGAUCGCACACAGAGACAUCAAGGGUGAUAAUGUCCUCAUCAACACCUACAGUGGCGUCCUGAAGAUCUCAGAUUUCGGCACAUCUAAGAGGCUGGCUGGGAUCAACCCCUGCACGGAGACAUUCACAGGCACACUACAGUACAUGGCCCCUGAAAUCAUAGACAAAGGCCCUCGUGGAUACGGAAAGCCAGCGGACAUCUGGUCUCUAGGCUGCACCAUCAUAGAGAUGGCCACUGGGAAACCUCCUUUCUAUGAACUGGGAGAACCACAGGCUGCUAUGUUUAAGGUGGGCAUGUUUAAGAUCCACCCAGAGAUCCCAGAGUCCAUGUCGCUGGAGGCCAAAGCCUUCAUCCUGCGCUGCUUUGAACCCGACCCGGACAGACGUGCCACCGCCUUCGACCUGCUCACUGACGAGUUCCUCACCGUCACAAGUCGCAAAAAGAAGGGAAAGAGUAGCUUCACAGCUCUGUCACCGGGGUCAGAGUAUCUGCGGAGUAUCUCUCUGCCUGUGCCAGUGGUGGUGGAGGACACGAGCAGCAGCAGUGAGUAUGGCUCCGUCUCCCCAGACAACGACCUCAACACCAACCCCUUUAUCUUCAAGCCCAGCGUAAAGUGCUACAGCGAGAGGGAUGUCAAGGGGCCACGCUCGCUCUUCCUUAGCAUCCCAGUGGAGAACUUUGAGGACCACAGCGCUCCUCCAUCCCCUGAUGAGAAGGAUUCUGGUUUCUUUAUGCUGCGGAAAGACAGCGAGAGACGAGCGACGUUACAUCAUAUUCUGACAGAGGACCGGGACAAGGUGGUGACCAACCUGAUGGAGGCGCUCACACAGGGCUCAGAGGAGAUGAAGCUGAAGCCGCAGCACAUCUCCACCCUCGUGGUCAGUCUGGCUGACUUUGUUCGCAUGGCGGAUAGGAAGAUCAUUGCCAACACCCUGUCUCAGCUGAAGCUGGAGCUGGACUUUGACAGCACGGCGAUCAGUCAGCUGCAGGUCGUGCUGUUCGGCUUUCAGGAUGCUGUGAACAAAGUGCUGCGAAACCACAACAUCAAGCCUCACUGGAUGUUCGCUCUGGACAACAUCAUCCGGAAAGCUGUUCAGACAGCAAUCACCAUCCUGGUGCCAGAGCUGCGUCCUCACUUUAGCCUGGCGUCAGAGAGCGACCCAGCCGAGCAGGAGGAUGUGGAUGACGACGCAGAGCCUGAGAGGAACUCCACCCACCAGAGCCGCCCGCUGCCUGUCGCCGCUCAUGACGACACGGUGGCAACAUCAGGAGUCAGCACACUCAGCUCCACUGUCUCACAUGAAUCCCAUAAUGCACAGCGGUCAGUGAGCAUGGAGCUGGGCCGGAUGAAGCUGGAGACCAGCAGGCUGCUGGAACAGCUGCUGGAGAAGGAGAGGGAGUAUCAGGCCAUCCUGCAGCAAGUGCUGGAGGAGAGAGAGCAGGAGAUCAGACUGCUGAGGCUGCGAUCUGAGCCCGCAGACGUCUCCUCAUCAUCAGAUUGUCCAGAGGGACAGACGAGUCAACCAGCAGAGAGACAUGAAGACCCUGAUCUGACCGACUGGUUGAGGCUUUACGGCGCUGACCAGGACUCCAUAGAUAGAAUUCUGAAUGAGCAGUACACACUGAAUGACAUCCUCCACGAUGUAACAAGAGAUGACCUGAAGAGUUUAAGACUGAGAGGUGGGAUCCUGUGUAAACUAUGGAAGGCCAUCACCGACUACAGGCAGAAGCCAACCUGAGGCCUUACGUGGUAAAAACCACUCCGAGACAUCCAAGCUUUUUUUCCCAACAGCUCAGUAUUCUCCUCUUUACCUCAGUAUUCAAAGGAGCCACACUUUAAGGAGUUUGCUGAGCAUGCAGAGCAUACUUCAACCAACAUGAAAGAGAAACUAUUCGACUGCUCUUGUCAGAGGAUUUUGAUACUUUUGGAGUACAAGAUUUUGGGAGAGAAGGCCACUUUGAAAGCAACUAUUUCUGAGAAGUGCCACUAGUUUUGCUACAGCUGACAGACAUUACACAGCAUUUUGUUACAGGUCAAACUGUCUUUAUGGGACAAUUUGUGUGAAAAUUUAUGGAUGAAAUCUUGAAAACAGUCAAGACUUUUCUUCUGUUCUUAUGAGAUUUACUGUUUACAAAACUGGAGCCUGACCGUUUUCUGAUACAAGCCUGAGACACAAAGACUACAUUCAAAAACCAUCUGUACUAUUCCGUUUUUAUCACAGACGUCUUAUCACUACUUUAUUUAAAUGUAUUUUUAAUUUAAUCGCUAUGAUAAUUUGAAGGACGUCAGUGCAUGCCCUGUUUUUUUAAUCCAGACUUAUUUAAACCUUUUCCAUAUUUUCUUUUUUAAUCUUUUUUUAAUUUUAUCAUGUAAAUAUUGUGUUAUACAGACUAAUAUGUGAAAGACAUUUAUGUACCUAGAGAAUAUGUUUAACAUAAAUACGCUCCAUGUGGAUUGGACCGAGUCUAUAAUGAACACAUUUUAGAAAUUAAUUGUAAAAUAUUGUUUUUGUAGUGUCACAAAUCAAAUGACAUCGUAUUGAGUUAGUAAUUCUCACAUCAUGUUUUUAUUGUUGUUCUUUGACAAAAUUGUGCUAAUCUCGCUUGUGUAGAUAUGAUGAUUCAAUUGGAUGUAAUAUGUUGUGAUGAAAAUUUUGAAAUGCAAAAAAAAGUUUCAUACAGAGGAGCCUUGACUUUUUUUUAUUUUAAAACCUGAUGUCAGAAUUUGCGAAAUAAUCAUGGAAGUGCGUCCAUUUUGUUUCAUAUCUGAAAUUAUUCAAGAUUUUUUGUGUCAAAUUGUUCAAAUAAAACUUUUCAUCUUGAAACUGAAA